GCCGCACGCACAGCUCGAGGGCCAGCGCCUCCACCGCUCCGCAGCCGGCACCAUGCGCGAGAUCGUGCACAUCCAGGCGGGCCAGUGCGGCAACCAGAUCGGCGCCAAGUUUUGGGAGGUCAUCAGUGAUGAGCACGGGAUCGACCCCACUGGCAGUUACCAUGGAGACAGUGACUUGCAGCUGGAGAGAAUCAACGUGUACUACAAUGAAGCCGCUGGUAACAAAUACGUACCUCGGGCCAUCCUGGUGGAUCUGGAGCCGGGCACCAUGGACUCAGUCAGGUCUGGACCAUUCGGCCAGAUCUUCAGGCCAGACAACUUUGUGUUCGGCCAGAGUGGUGCUGGAAACAACUGGGCCAAGGGCCACUACACAGAGGGAGCCGAACUGGUGGACUCGGUCCUGGACGUGGUGAGGAAGGAGUCAGAAAGCUGUGACUGUCUGCAGGGCUUCCAGCUGACCCACUCGCUGGGGGGUGGCACGGGGUCUGGGAUGGGCACGCUGCUCAUCAGCAAGAUCCGGGAGGAGUACCCCGACCGCAUCAUGAACACCUUCAGCGUGAUGCCCUCGCCCAAGGUGUCAGACACGGUGGUCGAGCCCUACAACGCCACCCUCUCCGUGCACCAGCUGGUGGAAAACACAGACGAGACCUACUCCAUAGACAACGAGGCCCUGUAUGACAUCUGCUUCCGCACCCUGAAACUCACCACGCCCACGUACGGAGACCUCAACCACCUGGUGUCGGCCACCAUGAGCGGGGUCACCACCUGCCUGCGCUUCCCGGGCCAGCUGAACGCAGACCUGCGCAAGCUGGCCGUGAACAUGGUGCCCUUCCCCCGCCUGCACUUCUUCAUGCCCGGCUUCGCCCCCCUGACCAGCCGGGGCAGCCAGCAGUACCGCGCCCUGACGGUGCCCGAGCUCACCCAGCAGAUGUUCGACUCCAAGAACAUGAUGGCCGCCUGCGACCCCCGCCACGGCCGCUACCUGACGGUGGCUGCCAUCUUCCGAGGCCGCAUGUCCAUGAAGGAGGUGGACGAGCAGAUGCUCAACGUGCAGAACAAGAACAGCAGCUACUUCGUGGAGUGGAUCCCCAACAACGUGAAGACCGCCGUGUGCGACAUCCCGCCGCGAGGCCUCAAGAUGUCCGCCACCUUCAUCGGCAACAGCACGGCCAUCCAGGAGCUGUUCAAGCGCAUCUCGGAGCAGUUCACGGCCAUGUUCCGGCGCAAGGCCUUCCUGCACUGGUACACGGGCGAGGGCAUGGACGAGAUGGAGUUCACCGAGGCCGAGAGCAACAUGAACGACCUGGUGUCCGAGUACCAGCAGUACCAGGACGCCACGGCCGACGAACAAGGGGAGUUCGAGGAGGAGGAGGGCGAGGAUGAGGCUUAAGAACUCAGAUGUUUCGUGCAUCCUUAGUGAACUUCUGUUGUCCUCAAUCACGCAUGGUCUUUCUAUUUGUAUACUAUGGUGCUCAGUUUUGCCCUUGUCAGAAAUUCACACUGUUGAUGUAAUAAUGUGGAACUCCUCUAAGAAUUACAGUAUUGUCUAAGCUAUCUAUACUAAUAAAAAAGCAUGUGUCCAAAAC